AUGACGUCAGAAGAGGAAAACUUUCCCAUAGCUUUCAGCAUUCUCAUGUUUAAACAUGUAAGUCAAGUUGAACGUCUUCUGCACGCCAUUUAUCGUCCACAAAAUUAUUACUGUAUUCACCUGGAUAAAAAAGCUUCAGCUAACAUAUCAGCUGCUGUUCACGGCAUUGCAAACUGUUUUAGUAAUGUGUUUCUGACGUCACGAUCAGUAGAUGUUAGGUGGGGAACAUUCACCGUUUUGGAACCGGAACUAAUCUGUAUGCAGGAACUGUGGAAGUACCGGAAGUGGAAGUAUUUCAUUAAUCUGACUGGACAAGAGUUCCCACUGAAGACGAAUUUGGACAUG